CUGAAGCCGGUAGCUCGACUGUUUCCUUUGUUGCCACCUGGAUUAUUCUUGCUGAGAACUUUGCAGUCUUUUUCCGCCUUUUGGGGGGAGGAUUUCGCUGCCAUCCGAAGGUCUGGGACGAGCGCUCAGGCUCCUUGGGAAGGUUUUGGGCUCUCCUGCUUCGGAUUUUCCAUUUUCUCCCUUGGGACUGUCGUGGGGCUGCUUUCCACUGUGGAUUAUAACUGCAACAUGACAUUGGAAGAGCUGGUGGCGUGCGACAACGCGGCGCAGAAGAUGCAGAUGGUGAGCGCCGCGGUGGAGGAGCUGCUGGUGGCCGCGCAGCGCCAGGACCGCCUCACCGUGGGGGUGUACGAGUCGGCCAAGCUGAUGAAUGUGGACCCUGACAGCGUGGUCCUGUGCCUCUUGGCCAUUGACGAGGAGGAAGAGGACGACAUUGCCUUGCAGAUCCACUUCACACUCAUCCAGUCCUUCUGCUGCGACAAUGACAUCAACAUCGUGCGGGUGUCAGGCAUGCAACGCCUGGCGCAGCUGCUGGGCGAGCCCGCUGAAACCCAGGGCACCACCGAGGCCCGGGACCUGCACUGCCUCCUGGUCACGAACCCUCACACAGAUGCCUGGAAGAGCCACGGCCUGGUGGAGGUAGCCAGUUACUGUGAAGAAAGCCGGGGGAACAACCAAUGGGUCCCCUACAUCUCCCUCCAGGAGCGCUGAGACGCCUGCCAGCAUCAGAACCGGUGGAGUUGCUGCCAAAAAUAAAUAAAUAAAUAUUUGAUCCCCCUCCCCCCAGAACAACCCCCCAAAACAACCUAACCCAUGAGACCAUCGGGGGCAGAAUCAUUGGAGACAAGGAGAGGGGAGUGCGCGGCCACCCCCAGGGCGGUGAGCCUGGAGCAGCGCCAGUGGGCGGCCACCGUGAGAAGAGGAGAGGGGUCCCAGGCCGGCAGGAGAGAGGACCCUGGAGCUCAGGCCUUGUGACAGAGCAGAAGCUGCAGUGGGGGAAGGCCUGGACUCCACACUUCAGUAGUGGGGUGAGAUUGACGGCAUUCCCCCACCCUUCUUGAGGUUGGAGCUGACAUCUGCACGCGGGCCUUGGAUGAUGAGGGUUGCAGACCCUCACCAGGACUAAACUUUGGGACUUGGGAGCUGGGGCUGCUGUUGCUCUGUGCCCAUGAACUCCCAGUUUGCAAACUAAAUAGACAAUAUUUUGUUACUUGCACUGUGACUUGAACCACUGAGAGACGGGAAGCUUACAAAUACAUCUAUUUUUACUUCUAUGAGGAUGGCCUUGUAAUAAACUUCUAAAGCUUU